AUGGCCCGUAAGCGCAAGAGCGUAGCUAGUUCUGUUGACUUGUGCCCGCGGGAUCUCGACGAGAUCCCGUACAUCGCUUGGAUGAACAAACAAAUCGCGGCCGGCCGCAAGCCCGCCGGCCCUUUGCCCGAAGGAGCGCCUGGUGCGGGGGACACCUCGUUCGAAGCCCCGCGCGAUGUCCCUACCCGCGGACGCCGUCAUGCCGACCGGGUUGCCUCAUCCCGCGUCAACGACGAUGCUGCCUUCGAUGACGAUGAUGACGCCGCGGACUCUGAUUACAACGAGUGCGACGAGGCCUGCGAAGACGACGCGGACUCUGGCGAGGAGCAGGACAAGGGCAUGUCCCCCUCCGAGGAUGAAGUUGACGCCGACGAGGACGCCGACGCAUUGACGCGCCUUACUGCGCCCAUCAUUUCGCACAUGUUGUGCAGGAUGACGCCACAAGACGCCCCUGCAAGAAUGCGCCAGAGCUUGCAGUACCCCCUUGAUGGCGCGGAACUCUGCGGCCAUCUCGUCGAGGUCGUCGCGGGUCGGGAAGUGGACCCACUGCUGCUUGAAGACGGACGAGAAAUGCAUGAGGAGCGCGUCAACAAGCAUGUGGCACAGGGUCUUGGACAGCCCGAACUCGGAGGACAAGUCUACGAAAGACAUGCCACUUGCGAGGUAUUUGAUAGGUCCUCUAGCAGCAACUGGUAUCUCCGCCGGCGUAACCCAGCCCUUCGUUUCCGCUCUGCGGUACGGUUGGAGGCGCGAGAGCUGGAUGACGAGGACACCUCGUCAUUGAAGACGUUCGCCUCCAGCAAGCCACCGACCGACUUGGCGAUGGCGUCCAUGAAUAUGCUGUAG